AUGUCUAAAGAUGAAAUAACCAUUGGAAUCAGUAAGAAAUUUGAAUCUGCUAGUGCAAUAAUUUCAACAUAUCAGCAACUUUUACAAACUCAUCCUGAAGCCAUAUAUGCUAGUCAACUUCUCAGCUUUGAAAAUCUUCCGAAACCA